AGGGAGAGAUCUAAAACAUGCAUGACAAGGGGUACUCCAGGAGAGGUUAGGAAACGCUGGUUUAAAGUACAUCCUUAAGAUUAAAGUGCUGUGUGGGUGGAAUAUCUCUAAUUUGAUCAUCAGUAAACCAAAUGCAAGCCCUAUAUACUGCUCAUGGCCCUAAAGACAGUCCACAUUGCAAAAUCAGUCAUGAAGACAUGUCAGAUAGUCAGACACGAUGAUUGUUACUAACGUGUGGAAUAUGCUGUGUGUAAGCACACCUGUUUUGAAACGCUAGUGUCAAAUAUCGACUCAGAAACCAUCACACACACUGUUGUGGCCUGACACAUCCGCAAACUCUGCAACACUUAGGCUCGAUGCACCGGCGACUCAGCUGUGUUAAAUCACCCUCUUCCUCAUAAUGAUACACCGGACAUAUGUCAGUAUAAGGAACUGAACCGUGACUAUCAGCGGAGGUGUCCAAACUUGGUCGCGUUUGGCUGGAGCUUGAUGUCGACUUUCUGAUCAACCUUGAGUAGGAAAAUUAAACAGGCAGGCUGGUUUGAUUUGGCGAAACAGUCACAUCCAGAGGAAAUUAAGUCAGAUGUCAGAGAGUCAAGGACGAGGAAGUUUUGAAGAUGGACCCCGAAAGUCCCGUAUCCAGGGUGGAGAGGACUCUGUGGACAGUUUGGUGCUACAUAACCGAAGCUGUGAACAGAUUCCUCAGGCCAGAGCCCACUAACAUCGUUAGCAAUGACCCGAACUCCUUUCAGGAAUCUACAGUAGAUAGUGAGCCUGCUAAUCACGCAGAGGGUGAUGCUAGCGGAAGGGAAGUCGAUGAGGAACGGCCUCUUGCGACAGCCUCUCUGCUUAACCCAUCUCGGCCAUUUGUUGCCUGGGAAUUUUGCACCACAGACAUCGACUUAGGGCCUGAUGAAGACAGCGUGCAGUACAAAACCCAGCUGAGCAGAGGCAGUGAGAGCAAAGCAUCUGAGGAAGGUGAGGGCACAAGAGAGGAACAGUUAUGCCAAACUGGAAGUGAUGAUGCAGGGCUGCUCGUCGCUAAAGAUGCAAAAGAAGACGAACAAGAAGAAAACGGAGAUUGGAGAUUGUACACGCGUGAGCGAGAUGAGAUGCCGGAGAAUGAUGAGUAUGAAGAACAUGUGAACACCAGAGUACUAAGACUUACAGAUGAUGCAAUGAGUGAAGACUUGGAGGAAAGUGGAAGCAAAGCUGAUGCUGAGGAGGAGACUGAGAGGGCAAUGACACCUGAUGAUCAUCAAAAAAUGAAUGAAAACAUGAGAAAUAUCCAAGUAAAGGAAGAAGAUGAUAAAAUGCGCCAUGAAGAUGAACAAGAUUUGGAGGCAGAAGACAUUGAAGUAAAACUGUGCACGAUCAUAGAUGUGAGUCUAGAAGAGGUGGAUGACAUAGAAGAGGCAAGGGUGCAGAGGGACGAGGCAGAUACAGCGGUGACGCAUGAGGAAGUAGAAAACAGUGAUGGUGUGUUACAGCUGGCCUCUGAAAAUGAAAACAAGUCUGAGGGAGCAAGACAAGUUGAAAAUCAGCUAUCAGUCUGUGAAGAGUUGUCAGAUGACAGAGAUUUCAAGGGAGACCCGGGCUUUAAUUCACUGCAUGCUGAGUUACAAAUAGCCUACGACAAAAGUGGCAUUGUGCCUGAGGAUGAGCUAAUUGUUGUUGGACAAGAGCAUGUGAUGGCUCAUAGAAGUGCAAGUGAUAAAGUUGAGGAGGAAGAUGAGUGGGAGCAGGGCGCUGUCAUUGAGGAAGAAAAUGUGAAUGAGGCUGAAAACAACCAGACAACAGAUGACGUGCCGGAGCGGGAAGACAACAUCAGAACAGUUACAGAAGACAGUCAAGAAGAAGACAUUUUAAUUAGAGAUGUUACAUGCAGCGAAGAUAUCGUGCAGAAUGCUGAAACAGAGCUGCACACAGCUCAUUUUGGAGAUGAUGAGGAUUUGGCCAAGGACACUGAAGUCCAAACCAUAACAAGAGAGACAGAUGAUGUUAAAACAGAAAGCCGUGGCGCAGUGAUCGAUGAAAGCUCGACAACAGACAUUUCAGCAGAUGAGAGAUUUUUUGAUAAAGAUCAAGUAGAAGGGGAAAGGCAGGAAGGUGAAGUAGGAAACAGAGAAAGUUACAUGGAAAUAGCAUGUACAGCCACUUCAGUUACAGUAAAACCUGAAGGCGAGACUGGACAGGAAAUAAGUGGAGAUUUUAAAAACAUUCCCCUGGGGAUAUGUGAAGGCCGGCUUGUUGUGUCGCAGGAGCUAAAUUCUCCAACAUGUGAGGAAACACAAGAGCGAGUUCCUGAAUACAACAAUGAGUCUGGGCCAGAUGAAAAUAAUACAACACACAGGUUCCUGAAAGUAGGAGAUUACGAGGAAACCCAGACCACCCAAUUACCAGAAGAGGUGGAGAGCAAAGAGCCGGAGAGCCUUCAAAACAGUGGCUGUAGCGCUGGAGCUGACUAUUUACUGGUGAGGGAGCAUAUGGAGGAGGACCAAGAAGGCACGAAAGAUAUUAAGAAGAAUGGCUUUCAUUUGGUUGUGGAGGAGCAUGCGGGAAUGCUGCGGCUUACUGUUGCUGGACUGCCACAAGAAACAGAGAAACCACUUGUUGAACCAGUAAUUCAAGAGUCUGGACUUUUAUAUGAGGAAGGAAAAUUAUCGGUUGACUCCAUUAAGACAGGGUUCGAACAAUCAGAGAAGGAUUUUGGGACAGAAGUUGGUUCAACAGAUGAGACUGAUAAGACAACAAAAGAGCUACAAGAUGGGACUGAAGAGUUUUUGGUUGAAUUUGAGAUAGAUGAAUGGUUAUGUAAUUCCAAAGAAGCUGAUGCUGCUGGAGACGGCCGUGAGAAGACAGGAGCUGCAGCAGUUGUGGUCGGAUUCGCUGAUGAAACUUUAACAUUCCUUGAAGCUAAGGUACAGAAGAUGACAGAGACGAACUUCUUUCAGGAGUCGGUAGAUGCCAUUAAUUUAGAGCAAAACAGCAACAGGACACUUAGUUUACUAGACGACAUUACUGAAUCUGGAUUCCUGAAACUGUCAAAUGAGACUGAGCCUAAAUUACUUGAAGAUAGGGCUACAGAAAUGCAAGAUGCAGGGAUAGACAUGCAAGAAACAGGUUAUGGAGUUGAGGAGGAGGCAGCGGCAGAUGAAAUACAGAACAAAAAUGAGAUGGAAAUGUUAAAUCUGCAGGUAGCGGGAAUGACAGCUGAGCUAACCACAGAAAGGAACGAAAAAGAAGAUGCUUUGAUUGCAGAAUCUGAGUUGUUUAGAGCAGUGGAGUCAGUGGAGACAAAAAAUCAACUAUCAGACGAAGCACUUGAGAUAAGCAACGAAGAGAUGUUAACAGAUACUGAAGUAGCUGAUGAAUCGAUGACAACCGAGUCCAAACCAAAAAAUUUAACUAAAAUAUCAACAGACGAAAUGGCAAAUGUGACGGAGUCAGAGGGGAGUUAUGCUGAAGGAACAGUUCGCUCAAUCAGUGGACGUCAAGAUGUGAUUGAUGAAGAGAUCCUUGAUUUGUGGAUACAGACGGCAUUGUCAGAGGACACUGAUGGCAUAAAACGGCGACAAGAGCCUGAGCCUGGACAACAAAUGGACACAGAAAUAGAGCCGUCAAAUGAGGAACAACAUGAAAUCUCAUCAGUGCAGACAGAGAAGGAUAAAGAGCAACUUGUGGAGUCAAAUUCGGGGGAAUCUGAAUUAGUGAGUGACACAGAAAUGUCUUCUUUAACAGUAGAGUCUGGAUUUUUGGACCAGUCUCUCUGUGAAUGGGGCACACAAAACAAUGAAACUCAGCUACUGAAAUCAACUAGCACUGGAUCAUUUCAAGGCAUAUAUGACAUGUUGGCUAAUAUGUCAGAAUCAGCAGACGUCUCUGAAUUAUCUACACAACAACUUAACUCUGGAUCUCAUGAUACAUUGAUGGAGGAAACCGCUGAGACAGGGCAAUCGUAUCUGAAAGAGGAGGAAUCGAUCACUGAGACAGGAUUUCACCCUGAUUCAGGAGUUACAUCAUCAGAGGAAUUGGAUAAAUCACAAGAAAAAACGGAAGAAAGAGUUGAAUCAGUGGAGACUGAAACAGGAUCACAGAAAGAGAUUGAUGCUGAGGUAACAGACCUAGAAUUGAAAACUGCCUGGAAAGACACUGAAGAAGCAGAUGUUAAGUCACUGACAGGAAUGAGCGCUCUUUUCAGAGUCGAGGAAACAAAAGUUGAAGAUAAGCUUCUCGAGAUAACACUGUGUGACUCUCCAGAUGGAGCCAAACACACAGAAUCAGGACGAUCUAGAAGUGGCUUUGAGGCUUUGUCAGAGGAGGGAAAGGUGUCGACAGAAUCUGGUUCACAAAGCGACACCUGCACUGAGUCUGAGAAGAAGUUAUUGAAGUUACCCUCACUGGACAAACCACAGCCCGCAUGGUCAGAAGAUGUUGCUGAUUCAUUACCUGGGCUGAACAGGGCUGAGGUGCCGACGACAGAGUCUGAAGAUCAGAUGGAGGUGGAUGCCUCCAUGCUGGACUUUACUGCACAAAGAUCAAGAAUUGCUAUUAAAAACCCUCGUGUAAGGCCACCCAAAGAUCCUCGUUCCCUUCUACAUAUGCCCUCAAUGGAUCCCACACCUGCUUCACAUCUGCCAGUCAAACUCCCUGCAGGUGUGCCUUUGGGAGGCUUGGGCAUUGGAAUAAAAUUGCCUGGGCUUGGUGCAGGUUUUCCUGUUUUAAAAAAGACACAACGGGUGGUGAGAGAUGAAAAUAGCCCCUCUCAGGAACCUGAGACAAAGCCAGAGGAGAAGAGUGACACUCCCAAGCAAGAUGAGGCACAACACAAACCUAAAUGGAUGCCACCAAGACACCCAGGAUUUGGAAAUCCACUUAUGUCUGAGCUGAAGACCAAACUGAAGAAAACCACAAAAGAGUGAAAAGAAGAUCAAUGAAAAUGCUUUGUGUGGAUAUUUUUAUAUAAUAUACAAAUGGUUUUAUUUUUGGUGUAUUUAUCAAACUAAAUACAGUGAUGUCCAUUGUGUCAAUUACCUGCCCUAUGUUUAACUUUUAUAAUAAAGCUUAACCGAAAAAGGAA